AUGGUCUCUUCAACGAACAUCCAAUCGUAUCAUAUUACCAAACCUGUUAUUCUCUGGUUGGACUCCGAUGCAAGUCAUGCGGAGAAACAUACCAAAUAUUUACUUGAUAAUAAUCGAGAUCUGAUUGAUUCUGUUCGUGUUCAUGGCAAUAUCGGCGAAUGCAUUGACUUUUUCCGAUCAGUUACAAAUGCAAAUAUAGUUUUAGUCAUCACAAGCUCAUUUCCCUCUGAUAAACUUCGCUAUUUAAUGAAAUAUGCAGAAGAGAUGAUUAUGAUCGAUUCAGUGUUCGUAUUUACCGAUCAAUUAUCAGAGGAACAAACUUAUUUGAAUGAUUGCAGCAAAUUGCAUGGAAUAUUUGUACAAAUCGAACACUUUUCUUUUGCAAUACGAUGUCGCUUUGAUUUACCUCACGUGGAUUCGAAAUCCAGCAAUAGUAUUUCCUCUAUUGAUGAAAGCCCGGCUGAAUUGGAUUCAUUCAAUGUAUAUUCGAAACUAUUUUUUGACUUAAUAACUCAACUUUCGUAUGAUGAUACAGCCAGAAAGGAAGGAUUUAAUGCCUGUCGUAAGUUUUACACUGACGAUGGAAAAAAAUUGAAAGACAUCAAUGUGUUCGAAGAGAAUUACUCACGGCACUCACCAAUGUGGUGGUUCAUAAAGCAAUCAAUACUGAAUGAUGUGAUGAGAAAUGCUCUAGUCACACAAAAUUGGGAUAUGCUAAUCCAAACGGGCAUGUUCAUACGUGAUCUUCAUCGAGAAAUCAAACAAAUUUACUCUACGGCAAAGCAAACGAGCAAGUUCGCGGUUUAUUUUGGACAACGAAUGUCUUCUAGUGAUUUUGAACAAUCUAUGAAAUCGAGAAAAGGUCAUCUGCAUGUUUUCCAUUGUUUUCUUCUAACCUCUCUAGAUCGACAAGUCGCUGUUCGUUCUCUGAAGUCUGAUCAUCCACAUUUGAGGAUCAUUUUUGAAAUGGAAAUCGAUCCGUGUCAGUCUACAAUUCCCUAUGCUUAUUUGAAUGAUAGUAGUUAUUAUUCGGAAGGGGAAAACAUCGUUGUUUUAUCUUCACAUUCGAUAUUUCAAAUUAACGACAUAACUUAUGAUAAAGAUGAUUUAUGGAAAGUGAAAUUAAUCUUAACUUAUCAUAUUAAUCCACGAUUAAAACCAAUGACUGACUAUAUUAGAGACGAAUGUUUACAUGCAACUGGCUGGGAAUCAUUAGCAGCAUUGCUACAUAAAAUGGGCAGAGCUGAUAAAGCUAUGGACGUUUUGAAAAAGUCAGAGGAAGUAAUUGUGGAAACAAAUGAUAAUACAUCAAUGAGAAUGUUAGCAUCAAACCAGAAUAAUAUGGGUUUUGUCAAUGAUUCUAUGGGAGAAUAUGCAACUGCUCUUGAAAAUUAUGAAAAAGCUCUGAAAACUCAAGAGGCAUAUUUACCUCCGGAUCAUCCAUGUGUAGCCAUAAUCUAUAACAAUAUUGCCAUGACAUAUCGAUCGCUAGGAGAUUAUCGCAAUGCGCUCUUGUAUUGUAACAAAGCACUAACCAUUCGAUCGAAUUUACCGUCAACAAAUCAUAAAGAAUUAGCUAAUUCUUACAGUUCUCUUGGCAUGAUAUACGAAUCACAGGGCGAUUAUAGGAAUGCUCUCUCAUACUAUGAAAAAACCUACGAAAUUCAGAAAUCUUCACUUCAAUCCGAUGAUCCAUCUUUCGCUUUGAGUUAUAACAAUUUGGGUGCGAUCAACUGUUUACUUGGUGAUUAUUCAAAAGCAUUAUCAUAUUAUGAACAAACAUUACGAAUUCAAGUCGCUACUCUCCUGUCAAAUCAUUCGUCUCUAGCCGCCACUUACAGUAGGAUAGGUCACAUUUAUCAACUAACGGGUAAAUUCACCUAUUCCCUAUUCUAUUAUGAAAAGGCUUUGAAAAUUCAACAGAAAGUUCACCCAACUAAUCCACUCUUAACAGCAACUAUAUAUAAUAAUAUAGGUUUGUUAUAUCGUUUAAUGGAAAGAUAUCCGAAUGCUCAAUUGUAUUACAGAAAAGCGUUACGAAUUGAAAAAAAAAUCUUUCAGUCGGAUCAUCCAUCAUUAGGAAUGACGUACAACAAUUUAGCUUAUGUACAUCAAUGUAUUGGUGAAUAUCAAACAGCAGUCGCUCUGUAUGAAACAACAUUAAAGAUCUGGCAAACAUCUUAUCCUUCAGAUCAUCCAUUACUUGCCACCAUUUACAAUAAUUUAGGUACUAUUCAAGACUCAUUACGAAAUCACCAGGAAGCACUUUCUCAAUACCAAAAAGCAUUCGAAAUUCUACGCAAAUCAUCUGCUACGAAUCCAUUAAACCUUGCAGCUAUUUAUAAUAAUAUGGGUGAAGUUUAUCGAUCUAUUGGAGAUUAUCGCAACGCCAUGUCGCAUUAUCGAGAGACACUGUCAAUCGAAGAAAAGCAUCUUUCUCCUGAUCAUCCGUCAUUAGCCAUUACUUUGAGUAAUAUGGCUACAGCAUUGGAUAAGAAUAAACAAAUAGAUGAAGCAUUGGGAUAUGCAGAACGAGCUUUCGAUAUUGUGCGCCGAGCAUUUGGACCAAGCCACUCAGAAACAGCACGAUACCAAAAAUAUUUGAAUGAAUUACAAAAUAAACGGGUGUUCUCUGGGUGA